AUGGCGGCUGCAUCGCCAAGAUUGGCGGACCAAAUCCGCGAAGAACUGAAAUGCAGCAUCUGUUUGGAGCUGUUCACCAGGCCCAAGAAAACUUUAAUUGACAAGAAACAGGAGACAGAUAACAGCAUCAUUCAUACCUGCAACCAAAUCGUGCAGAAAAUAAAACAAAGCACAUACAAACUCUUGUCUGAAGCAAAGGAAAACCAUACAAAAAACCUGGACCGAAUACAGACUGAAAGGGACAGAGUGUUGGCAGAUGUCAAUGAACUGUCUGCUGCCUGUGAUCGAGCAGAACAAGAACUGCAGCAGGGAUGGGUCGAGAUUCUCAAUCUCAGUCAGCAAACCGCUUUGACAGAUGUGGUAGGAAAGUACAGGGGAAAAGCACCACCAACUCUUGUCCAAACCCAGCCUGCUGUCUUUCAGCCCACAGACACCCCAGUGCCAGUAUUGGGACAUGUGACGGUCCCGUCUCUCCCAUCACCAAUCCCAACAGCACCUACACCUAGUAGGACUGAUACAGCAGAGGGCAGAGGUCAUCACCAUGGUAACCAAAAACAAGGUGAGCAUCAGCCUCAGUGGAUCACAUUUGGUGGAAAAGGAUCACGAACAGGACAGUUUAUGUAUCCAGUUGGUGUUACAGUGUCAGAUGAAGGGGAGAUCUUUGUAGCAGACAGGGGGAACAUGAGAAUCCAAGUCUUCACCCUGCAGGGAACAUUUGUCCGGCAGUUCCCAAUAGUUGCGUCAGGUGGACAAAAGAUGAAACCACAUGAUGUAGCCAUGGACGGAGAGGGGAACCUGUGGGUGGUGGGGAAUACAAGGUUUGCUGGGUUUGCUGUGCAGUACAAUAAACAGGGCAGGGUGCUGAGGAAGUUUGACCUACAGAGGUCAGGGUGGAGCAGAGGAGUUGCCGUGGACACCAGGAGGAACCACAUCCUCAUCACACAAACCACAGGAGACUGGGACAAACCACACGGUGAAGUUUUGGUGUUCAGCCCAGAUGGAACAUUUGUGAGAACUGUGGGUCAGCAGCAGGGGAUGAAGUACUUAUGGUUCAUCACUGUGGAUAGGGAAGGGAACAUCCUCGUGUCAGACAUAUGGAAUCACUCUAUCUACAUUUUCAAUGAGGACGGACAGUUCCUGUUCAAGUUUGGAGGUAAGGGAAGUGGUGUAGGUCAGUUGCAGGAUCCUCAUGGUAUCUGUACAGACGGGGCAGGUAACAUCAUUGUGGCAGACAGGGAUAACAGACGUGUGGAGAUGUUUGACAAGACAGGGAAAUUCAUCAAACACAUCACUACAGACGUAGUGAGGUUACAGGCUGUUGCCAUGGCGACACAGGGACAGCUGGUUAUUACAAAUGAACAAGGGCACAAUGUCAGCAUAUUCUGGAACUUCUGAAUCUGAACGAGGUGAAAUAUGUUUUUUUUUAAUCAGAUAAAAACAAAUAUUUUCUAAUUACUUCAAAUCAUUAGUAGAUAUCAAUUUGCGCAACCGUGAGUUUGUAUCUUUCAUCAUUAUGCACAUGAAAAACAUAGAUUCAUUGCAGUGGUAUGUACAAAAGUGCUGUAUUUUGUCAUAGAUAAUAUUAGGGGUAAUAAAACCUGAUGGUGUCAUCAAUAUGGCCCCAAAAAAUCAGAUUUAGAAUUCUUUCAUGCCCAUCUUUCAAUAUUCGUUACGGCUCCAUUCUUUCUUAAUUCAUUGAUGAGAAAACAAUGGAAGGUCAAAAUGCUAAUUUAGCCAACUUAAAUACCUUAAUCAAACAGUACAUUAUCAAUUUCCAAACUUGGUCCAGCACUGUUGAUAUUUUACAGCAGAAGAAACUGUUCUACAUAGCAAAAUAACGCAGCAGUGAAUACAUCACCCAAGCUACCAGUCAAAAGAACCUCUAGAACUCACUCAGCAAAAUCUAACUUUGUCACAAGGGCAACAUCAAAACAAUUAUAUCACAUUCAUUAUAAUGGGUCCGUUAAAACAAACUAAGGUCUUAUAGACUGUUCAAGUCAAUAACAGGAUAUAGAUAUUGAUAAUAUGCAAAAGAGGACUUGAUGAUGAUGAUGAUUGGUUUAUUUAUUUCAAAAUCGAGGAUACCUGGCAGCCAAAGGCUGAAUUGCGUAUCUUCUUACAGGGAUCACAAUAACAAUCAUUUAACAUUAUACAUUAUACAUCUCAAAAACAAACACUUCGGAUUGAACUUACAGUACUAAAUGCGGAGGAAACGAGUAAACUACUGUAACAGUUUUAAAAUUCUGUAGUUACAGAUGAAAGUGAUUAAAAAUAUAUCUCUGCUAUCUGUCAACUAGCUAUAGCUAUAGACGUCAUUUCCUGAUAGCAAAAGUAUCGUAUCACACAAAAUGGAGAAAUACAUUGCUCUUGAAGCCGUAGUAAUUACUUUACAUCAUCGUUGAGAAGUCGAACCAAGUAGGGUAUAGGGCCUGGGGAGUCCCUGUAUCUAUUUGUUCUACAUUUAACCACUCUGAGUUUGUUAGAGUUUCUGGUGUUUCGUCCAUGAAGCUGACCUGUCUUCUGUGGGAGCAUGUCUGGGCCCAGUUUCUUUGCGAAUUUUCUGCACAAGUCCUCGCGUCUUUGUUGCAGAGUGUGAAGGCCGGUGCGCUCCAGUGCCGCUUCAUAGGACGUGUACUGUCCGCCCAAGAUGGUACGGAGAGCUCUCUUCUGAAUUCUUUCCAACCGUGCAGUGUGUUCCUUGGUGAGUCCGGGAUGCCAUACAGGCACG